AUGCUCGCCCGCGCGCGGCCCCGGCGCCUCUCGACGACGGCGGCGGACGCCUGGCGCGCCCUCGCGGCCAAGGAGGCCGCGCGGUCCGGGAGGACCGUCGAGUCGCUGGCGUCGGAGACGCCCGAGGGCCUGCGCAUCGAGCCCUGCUACCUCGGCCCCGAGGGGUCGAGCCCGCCGCCGCCCGGCGUCUUCCCCUUCACGCGCGGCGCCUACGCGACCAUGUACAGCGCCAAGCCCUGGACCAUCCGCCAGUACGCGGGCUUCUCGAGCGCGGAGGAGUCGAACGCGUUCUACCGCCGGAACGUCGCCGCCGGCCAGCAGGGCCUGUCCGUGGCCUUCGACCUGCCGACGCACCGGGGCUACGACAGCGACCACGAGCGCGCGGCGGGCGACGUCGGCCUCGCCGGCGUGCCCGUCGACUCCGUCGAGGACGUGAAGAUCCUGUUCGACGGCAUCGACCUCGGCAAGAUGUCCGUGUCGAUGACGAUGAACGGCGCCGUGCUGCCGACGCUGGCCAUGUACGUCGUCGCCGCCGAGGAGGCCGGCGUGGCGCCGGAGGAGCUCUCCGGCACGAUCCAGAACGACAUCCUCAAGGAGUUCAUGGUCCGGAACACGUACAUCUACCCGCCGGCGCCUGCGCCGUCGCUGCGCGCGAUCCAGGACAUCUUCGGCUUCACGGCGGGCCGCAUGCCGCGCUUCAACUCCAUCUCCGUGUCGGGCUACCACAUGCAGGAGGCCGGCGCCGACGCGGCGCUGGAGCUCGCCUUCACGAUCGCGGACGGGUUGGAGUACUUGAACUGCGCCGUCGAGGCGGGCAUCGACGUCGACAAGGUCGCGCAGCGCCUGUCCUUCUUCUUCGCCAUCGGCAUGGACCACCACGUCGAGAUCGCCAAGCUGCGGGCCGCGCGCACGUUGUGGGCCGAGUUGGUGAAGGAGCGCUUCUGGGGCGCCCACGUGACGUCGGAGCGGUCGCUGCUGCUGCGGACGCACUGCCAGACGUCGGGCUACUCGCUGACGGCCCAGGAGCCCCUCAACAACGUCGCGCGCACGGCCCUGGAGGCGCUCGCCGCCGUCCACGGCGGCGCCCAGUCGCUGCACACGAACGCGUUCGACGAGGCCAUCGCGCUGCCCACGGAGCACUCGGCGCGCGUCGCGCGCGCGACGCAGCUCAUGAUCCAGGAGGAGACGGGCGUGACGCGCGUCGCCGACCCCUGGGGCGGGUCCUACUUCAUGGAGGCCCUGACGUCCCAGCUCGCGGACAAGGCGCGCGAGAUCAUCGCGGACGUCGACGCGGCGGGGGGCAUGCGCGCGAUGGUCGAGUCCGGCGAGGCGAAGCGCCGCGUCGAGGACUCGGCGGCGAAGAAGCAGGCGCGCGUCGACGCGGGCGUCGACGUCGUCGUGGGCGUGAACAAGCACGUGAGCGGCGAGCCGGGCGAGGCCGUGGACGUGCUCCGCAUCGACGACCAGAAGGCGCGGCGCGUCCAGGCCGCGCGCAUCGCGGCGAUGAAGGCGUCCCGGGACGACGACGCCGUGAAGCGCUGCCUGGAGAGGCUCCACGCGUCGGCGCUGCUCGAGGACGUGUCGACGGCGGCGCACGACGACCCGCGGAAUCUCGUCGCGCUGUGCGUCGACGCCGCGCGCGCGCGGGCGACGCUCGGCGAGAUCUCGGACGCGCUCCGCAGCGCCUGGGGCGAGCACGUCGCGUCCGGGGGUUUGGCCGUCGGGUCCUACAGAGCGAAAUUCCCAACUUCAAAGCCUCAUAUCUCGGCCGCGCGGCGCGUCGAGGCCUUCGAGGCGCUGGACGGGCGGCGGCCGCGGAUCCUGGUCGCGAAGGUGGGCAUGGACGGCCACGACCGCGGCGCCAACGUCGUCGCGGCGGGCUUCGCCGACCUGGGCUUCGACGUCGACGCCGGCCCGCUCUUCAACCUGCCGGAGGAGGUCGCGAAUCAAGCCGUCGACGCGGACGUCCACGCCGUCGGCGUCUCGACGAUGGCCGCGGGCCACAACACGCUCGUGCCCCGCGUCGUCGAGGCUUUGCGGGCCAAGGGCGCGGGCCACGUCGUCGUCGUCGUCGGCGGCGUCGUGCCGGACUGCGACCACGACCACCUCAAACGCCACGGCGUCGCCGCGAUCUUCGGGCCGGGCACGCCCUUACCGGUCGCGGCCAUGGACGUGCUCGACGCCGUCGAGGCGGCGGUCCUCAAGCGCCGCGCGCCCCGCGCCGAGUCCGCCUAG